GAAGAUGUCGGAACGGAAAGUUUUAAACAAAUACUACCCACCUGACUUUGACCCAUCGAAGAUCCCGAAACUCAAGCUACCCAAGGACCGGCAGUACGUGGUGCGGCUGAUGGCCCCAUUCAACAUGAGGUGUAAGACAUGUGGAGAAUACAUCUACAAGGGGAAGAAGUUCAAUGCACGAAAGGAAACAGUCCAGAAUGAGGCAUACCUGGGUUUGCCAAUCUUCCGUUUCUAUAUCAAGUGCACACGCUGCUUGGCCGAGAUCACCUUCAAGACAGACCCAGAGAACACAGACUACACCAUGGAGCAUGGGGCCACGCGCAACUUCCAGGCUGAGAAGCUUCUGGAGCAGGAGGAAAAGCGCAUGCAGAAGGAGCGUGAGGACGAGGAGCUGAACAACCCCAUGAAGGUCCUAGAGAACUGUACAAAGGACUCUAAGCUGGAGAUGGAAGUGCUAGAGAACCUACAAGAGCUAAAAGACCUGAACCAGCGGCAGGCCCACGUGGACUUUGAGGCCAUGCUGCUGCAACACCGCCUAUCUCAGGAGCAGUGGCAACAGCAGCAGGAAGAGGAAGACGAGCGUGAGACAGUGGCCUUGCUGGAGGAGGCUCGUUAUCGAAGGCUUCUGGAUGACUCUGACUCAGAGGAUGAGGCUCCACCUUCCCGACCACAGGCAGCUGCAAGACCCAACCCCACAGCCAUCCUUGAUGAGGUACCAAAGACCAAGAGGAAGGCAGAGGGCCUGUGCAGGAAAGCCCAGUUGGCAGGCUUGGUUAUACCAAAGAAGGCAAAGACGGAAGCCAACCGGGGUUCAGAGCAGGUCCGGGUGCCCACCACUGGUGCCCCCGAGAGCAGGAAGGUGGCCAACCCUGCACCCCAGACACCUGGUGCCUCCUCCCUGAGCCAGCUCUGUGCGUAUGGGGACAGUGAGGACAGUGACAGCUGAGCAUCAGUGAUGCCCACCAUGGCAUCAUAGACCAAGAAAUGAAGAUGGUAUCAAGCAAACACCUUCAGCCAAGCCUCAGGACCAUUCUACCAUGGGUCCUGGCAGGGUGUGGAGAAGCAAUGUCCCCAGGCACCCCAGGACAGACAGCCUGGUCCAGUCCUUCAGUCCUUGAGUUGUGUGAAGCCUGUUGACCAAUCCCUUCCUGCAGCAGAUCUGAACACUGUCUGACAUAGGAUGGGGGCAGGGACCGUGGGCAGCAUCUGCCAACCAUACACAAGGCCUGGGGCUCCACCCACAUGCAACACAGUAGUACUGUAAAAAACAAGAAGAAUAGAAAAUCAGCUGAAGCUUUUGGACCGGAAGACAGUGGAGACAAAAUGAACAGGACUCCAAAGGACUUGUCCAGGAUUCCACAGUGACUCAGAAGCAAGCCCAGUAAGUCAAUGUCCUGACCAAUCUGUGGCCCACUGUGUGCCAGUUCACGACAUUCAGUGUCCAGUGUGGAGGAAAGUGACCCAUCCCAGUAAAUGCAGCACCCAAGAGCUGGACAUAGAAUCUGAGUACAAAGCCAUCCUUGGCUAUAAGGCUUUCGUGGCACAACCCAGGCCUGUCUAAACCUCGGAAGGCUUGUUUGCUACUUUCAAACAAGAACACCAAAGUCUGGUUGCAACAGGAACUUCACAGUCGAAAAAGCUUAAAAUGUAACCUGGGCCUGGGCUUGUCAACCUCAAUACAGCAAACUUUUGACAGCCCCUCACUGUGGAAUGACACCACAGACAUUUCACACCUGCACGGAGCCAUAUUGGAUUUGGGCCUAGCCGCUUUUUGACUGCAUGGUUCAAAGUGACUCUGGGCUGUUUGGCCACAGAGACUCACCCCUAAGAUGACUGCCAUAAGUCUUAAGAUUGUUGGACAAAGCCUCUCCCAUGAAUUUACGGCACAGGAAGAUAACAUUCAAGGGAUGCCUCAGCUCGAGCAGAUACCAGUUAUCUCCUGAGUCAACACCCAGUGUCUCCACCACCUGAUCAUCGCCUGACUUCUUUGCCUCCAGCUAUCACUGCCUAUACCCUCAUCUCCCCCUCCUUCAUAUUUCACAAAGGUCACUCCCCCUACCUGAAAGCCUUAAAAGCUGUAACGUUCAUCCCAAUAAACGAGACCUUGACAACAACAAAAAAAUAAAAAAAUAAAA